AGUCCUUGCUGGAGUCUUCACGAUGAUAGUUGCUUAUUUGCAAGUUUGUUCGGAACUCUGAGGAUUAGUUUAUAUCCAUAGAGUGUGUGUUUGUUCUAAAAACCAUCAAUAUUCAAAGUGAGACAGUUGAAUUAUUCCAAAAGUGUCCACUCCAAUCAUGAUGCUUCUAUAGUUUUUUUUUUUGUGGAGGACCUGUGUUCACAAAAUCAACAUUGUAUAGUUCUUCUAAAGAUAUAUACGUUCAGCAUCAUGAAGGGCACAUAUCAAAAUUGUACAGCCAUGGGAAUUGGAAUGAUUGUCGUAUUUCUCGCCGCUUUCGUCAAUGGAGCAAAGCAUCACGAGAAAAUUAAACUUCUACCGCCUGUUUUAGAUGUGGCAAAAUCCAUCAAUGAUUCUUUCAUAGUAUCGUGCAACGCACAAAUAGAUGAUAUGGUUGUUCGAUGGCAGAGUCCAAAGGAGGUUACCAUAACUGAGCGCAAAGGGCGCAUUCAUACUGAAGAAAUUAGGGAUUCACUUGCCCUCGUCUUUGAGCACAUCACACUAGCUGAUCGGGGUGAAUGGAGUUGCCUUGGAGAAGAUGCUGAGGACAUAAAAAGCUCCUUUACGAUGAUUGUCAAGGAGGAAAUGAGCUUCGUGGAUACACCAAUUGUACAGCUGGCACGUGAACAUCGAGACGCUACUAUAAGAUGUGAGAUCAAAGGUGAUCCGGAGCCUAAAAUUUCAUGGGAUUACAACGGAAAGGCCAUAAAAUUUUCAGACGAGAAGUAUAUCAAAUUGGCGGAUGGGCUCUUCAUCAAGAAGGUUCACAGGAACGACAGUGGAGAGUACACUUGCAGAGGAUAUCAGGUGACUGAAUCAUUUGCGGAUAACAAGGAGCAACGAAUUCGACUCAAUGUUCAAUACAAACCCAAUCUUCUAUCUGAGGAGGACAUACAAUACAUUUACACAAAUGGAACUGCAAAUCUCACAUGUGAAGCUGCAGCUGAACCACCUGCCAAUUUUUCAUGGUACCGACAUGGCAAGAAGAUUAAUCCUCGUCAGCAAACAAUUCAUAUGGCUCGUGAUAUUUCUCAACUUGAGAUCACCUUAACAGACCCAUCAGCUCUGGGGCAGUAUCGCUGCAGGGCAGCCAAUUUUUUGGGGGCAGUUGAUCAUGAGAUUUUGCUAAAGGAAGGUGUAAAACCCGAACCACCAUCCAUGUUCGUCCUACGUGGUGUGAACUACGAGAUUCUGGACGUCGAUGUUGGUGCUACGAAACCCAAAAAAGCAUCCGAAAUGGAUACAUUAGGGUAUCGUUUUGAGAUAAUGCCCGUGGAGGUGUUUGAGGAUGAGCAGGAUUGGACACUAGCUCGUCAGAUUGAUUUUCCAGUUGAGGAUAAGGUCACGUAUAUCCUGAAAGAUUUAAACCCCGGCACGCGGUACAUUGUGAGGGUAGCUAGUAGAAAUGUGGCUGGUUUGAGUGAUUUUACUGAUCCCAAGGAGUUCAGAACCCAUAGUCACAGUGUCAUUAAUGAAGCUUCUACCAAUCUCCUAUCCACAUCUCUCAUCUUAUUAAUAAACAUCGCCUUCAAUCCCUUCCAAUGAAUCAUGUCUCCCGCCAUCGUCAUGUUGUCUCGUUGCAUAAAAUCGUCGCUUUUUUGUGAAUCACACAAUCCCCUUCAUUAAUCUCUAUUGUAAUAAAAGUGUAUUUAAGUAACCAAUAAUAGUUUAAUUUAAUUUUAGAUAGUAACAGUGAAAUUAUGUAUAGGAAUUAGCCAUGUAGUCUACUAUAUAUAUCUUGAAAUAUAUAAGAGACAUAAAUGCGCCCA